UUCCCGGACACCCCCACAGCAUAAAUGUAAUGGUACGGUCGCCUCCUCUGUCAACUUGAAAUUGCACAUUUCAAGGGCAGUUGUAAUCAGCGUGUGUAUUCCUUCAUUCUGUCUAUUGAACAGCAUUAGGAACAUGCUUUGCAGAGCUGGACAAAUACGUAGGUGUGCAGCCAGCCUCAGCCACACUAUUAGCAAGGUAGCUGCAUCGAAGCAGAAGCAUACUCUCCCUGACCUGACAUACGACUAUGGUGCCCUGGAGCCCUACGUCAGUGCAGAGAUCAUGCAGCUGCACCACAGCAAGCACCAUGCUACAUAUGUCAACAACCUAAAUGUUACAGAAGAGAAGUAUCAGGAGGCACUUGCAAAGGGAGACGUGACAACACAGGUUGCUCUCCAGCCUGCUCUCAAGUUUAAUGGAGGCGGCCACAUUAACCACACCAUCUUCUGGACAAAUCUCUCUCCAAAUGGUGGAGGCGAACCACAAGGAGAGCUAAUGGAGGCAAUCAAACGGGACUUUGGCUCCUUUCAGAAGAUGAAAGAGAAGAUGUCUGCUGUUACGGUGGCUGUGCAGGGCUCAGGCUGGGGGUGGCUUGGCUUUGACAAGGACAGUGGAAGACUUCGCAUUGCUGCUUGUGCUAACCAGGAUCCUUUGCAGGGGACAACAGGUCUCAUUCCCCUGCUUGGUAUUGAUGUAUGGGAGCAUGCUUACUACCUUCAAUACAAGAAUGUGCGACCUGACUAUGUGAAAGCUAUCUGGAGUGUAGUCAACUGGGAGAACGUGAGUGAGCGUCUUCAGAUGGCCAGAAAGUAGAAGCUGAUGCACAGCAACCACUAAGACUUGGAUCAAAGGGUAGUUGCCUGCAUUAAAUCAGACUUAUGACAGUUCAAAUCUUCAGAAGGUAACUGGCAUUUAAACUGUCUUUAAAUUUUUUUUUUUUUUUUUUUUUU